AUGGCACUCUCAAAAGAUUUGAUCUUUAACUUAACAAAGAAGGAGCCCGAAAUUGUUAGUGCCAAAAUCAAAACUCCCACGUCGAAAAAUCAUGAAAUAAAAUGUUUGUCGGAUAUUGAUGAUCAAGACGGGCUUAGGUAUCUCCAGCCUCUCAUCUUCUUCUAUCCUCCUUCGUCUUCGACAAUAGACCCUGUUGUGACCAUUAGACAUGGCUUACCCAAAGCCCUCGAGGCUUACUACCCACUCGCUGGUAGGGUUUUUGAAGGGCCUAAUGGAAAGCUCAUGGUGUAUUGUAAUAAUGAAGGGGUUGUGUUUGUCGAAGCUCGAGGAGCUUCAGGAUUGGACGGACUUCGUCACCAUUCAUAUCUUCGUCAAAGCUUUUUUGUAACAAGAUUCACAUGUGGAUUUUCUUUGGGCUUUUUAUUCAACCACACGUUACUAGAUGGUUCAGGCCUAUGGCUGUUCCUAAAUGCUAUCGGUGAGCUUGCGAAAGGUGCGUCGAAACUAUCCGUGGAUCCAGUUUGGCGAAGGGAGCUUCUAGAAGCAAGAUCUCCUCCGAGGAUCACAUGCCACCACUAUGAAUACGACCACAAAAUUUCAAGCGACAAACCCCUAGUAUAUCCUAAGGAUACCUUCAUUCUCACAUUGAUCUUUUUUAGUCCUAUUGAAAUCCAAACACUCUAUAAUCAAUUACCCAAAGCUCAAUUUUCAUCCUUCCAUGUGAUAAUUGCUUGCUUGUGGAAGUGCCGGACCAUUGCGCUCGAGGCGCAUCCUGAUGAUAUUGUUCGUGUCUUCAUGCUCGUGAACAUGCGCUACGGCACAUCUAGGGCGAGCAUUCCACAAGGAUACUAUGGCAAUGUAUUUGCUUGUCCUGCAGCCAUAUCAAAGGCUAGUACUUUGUGUGAGUCGCCAUUGGAGCAUAUUGCAAACUUGAUUCGAAAGGCAAAGUGCGAAAUGAAUGAAGACUAUAUUAAGUCUGUUGCAGAUCUUAUGGUUAUCAAAGGUCGACCAAAAUUCGCUGAUACAUGGAGCUUGGGGGUUUCGGACUUAAGGAAGAUAGGUUUUGAUAAUCUCGACGUGGGCUUCGGAGAGCCAUCCUUUGCCGGAGUUCCGUGGGCGACUUCAGAUUUUACUUUCUACAAUAAUGUGAAGUGUGAUGGAGGGGAAGAUGGAGUUCUUGUGACCAUAUGCUUGCCAUCUAUGGCCAUUGAAAAGUUCCAGUCUGAGCUGAAAAAGAUGACAAGAGAACCGAUAUCAGUAUAUAUAUUGAAAUAUUGAUUAUAUCCAUGAUAUAUCAAUUCUUCAGUUGUCUCC